CGUACAUCAUAACUAUAAGUCAUAGUGGAUAAGAUAUCUAAAAUUGAAUUUCUAUUUAUUAUUUAUUGCUUGAAUUAUAACUAUUGUCUCAAUUUUACAUUCAAUCUUUUGUACAUGUUAAAUGCUCAAGGAUAUCAAGUUGUGUCUGACAGUUAUAAAGUUAGAUAUUAAACAUAAGUUAAAAUAUGAACAAUAGUUUACAAUGUACAAUAAAUUUUCAGAUUAUUAAGAGUUUAUCUGCUUGAUGACACAGCGGUAGCACAGCCACCGUUGUGUUGCCUGAGCAUAGCCCUUGUAAACAUGAGUGAAAACAUGGAUAGUGAUGAUGAUCAACCACGAUUAAGUUCGAGUACGCUCGCUGCGCUACAAGAAUUUCUCAGAGAGAAGGAAGAACGAAAGAAUUUGUUGAAACGUAUAGCUGAGGAAGAUCGGAUACCAAAUGCUCUCUUCGAGGAGGAUUGGCAACUGAGUCAAUUUUGGUAUGAUGACAAAACGAUAGAGGCUUUUACCAAAGGUGCCUUGAAUUCCACUCCAGCAAAUGGAAAGAUUGCUUUGAUUUCUUGUCCCUCACUUUAUAGUAAACUGAAAAAAGAAUGUGAGGAAAGGCAAAUUGUGCUGUUCGAGUAUGAUAGUCGCUUCAAUAUAUUUGGUGGAGAUUUUCUACAGUAUGAUUAUAAGUUUCCUUUGGAUGUGCCCAGAGAUAUGUCUAGUGAAUUUGAUCUAGUCAUAGCUGAUCCGCCGUUUCUUUCAGAGGAAUGUUUAACCAAGACAGCAGUGACAAUCAAGUUUUUAGCAAAGAAAAAUAUUGUACUGUGCACAGGGGCUGUCAUGGCGGAAUUGGCAGAAAGGCUGUUGAAUGUUAAGAAAUGUGAUAUUAUUCCAGGGCACAAGAACAACUUAGCAAAUGAAUUUUAUUGCUAUUCAAAUUUUAAUUUUGACCAAAGUUUAAGUGAACAAUAUUAAAACAGUAUUAUGCGA